AUGGGCAACGGCCAAGGAAAGCCCGUCGACCUCAAUGGCGAAGUGAAUCUGAACCACUUCCGCUUAUUGCGGGUCGUCGGUCGAGGUGCGUUUGGCAAAGUGCGCAUUGUCGAGCGCAAGGAUACCGGUUUGUCCUUUGCGUUAAAAUACAUUCGAAAAGAUGAAGUUGUAAAAUCCGAAAGCGUGCGCAAUAUCAUUCGCGAGCGAAGAAUGCUGGAAUACGUUAAUCAUCCAUUUAUUUGCAACUUGAGAUACAGUUUCCAGGAUAUCGAGUAUAUGUAUCUCGUAGUGGAUUUGAUGAGUGGCGGCGAUUUGCGAUUUCACAUCUCCAGAAAAACAUUUACCGAGGAGGCCGUUCGAUUUUGGAUCUCGGAACUCGGAUGCGCACUACGAUAUAUCCACCAACAGAACAUCAUCCAUCGCGACGUUAAGCCGGACAACGUAUUGCUUGAUGCGGAUGGUCAUGUCCAUUUGACAGAUUUUAAUGUUGCAUCAGAUAUUGUUCCUGGGCGAGUUUUAACUAGCAAAUCCGGCACAUUGGCUUAUCUGGCACCGGAGGUUUACUCAGGCAAAGGCUAUACCGUGUGCGCGGACUGGUGGUCUUUGGGAGUUCUAUUCUACGAAUGCAUCUACAACAAGCGACCUUUCGACGGUAGCAGCGAAUCUACACUUAGUCAGCAAAUUCAAAAUUCAAGCCCGAGAUACCCAGUAACACAACCGCCUGUCUCAUUGACGUGCCUUUACGCCAUCCGUGCGGCCCUGGAUCCGAACCCCCAAACACGAAUGGGCUCAACCUGGGAAAGCUUUAUUUACAACGACUUUUUCAAGCCCAUUGACUUCGACUACCUUGAGCAGAAGAGGAUAGAACCUAUUUUCAUACCAUCCUCGGACAAAACCAAUUUCGACGCCACGUACGACCUCGAGGAGCUACUAUUGGAAGAGGCGCCUCUGGAGGCUCGGGCCAGGCGCCAGAAACCUCGCGAGAGGUUAAAGGAAGACGCAACAGAUCAGGAGAUCCGUGAAGACGAAUUGUAUCGCAUGAUUGAGAAGGACUUUAGGCCUUUUGAUUAUACUGUGGCCGCGUACAAGAAAAUUACAGAAGCAUCUCGCAAUAUGAAUGAGGAGCAACAACCGCCGAACGUGCUACCAAACAAUGGACCGCAGGCUCUUACAACAGACGAAGCCACCCCUAUUCCUGCUGGUGGAGCAGUGCAACAGGCGUUCCAACCCGUACCCCCGGAGGUCAUGUCCAGCCCUGAUCCUAGGCAAGGCCGACCGAUGCGUCCAGCGCCACCUCCACCUCCGUAUCAGAGCGAAUAUGUCUCACGAGCACUACCACCCACGAGCAACCGUGUAGCCAGUCCCACUGGAGGAGUGUCAGUCACCCUGGAUGGUGGUGGCAGCUGGUCUGAACUUGCACGCCAAGAUGCCACCCUGCCCACUGACGCAAAUACGCCUGCAGACCCCAAGGUCGAAAGCUCAAGCGGCAUGUUUGGCUUUCUUAAGGGCAAGAAGGGACGCAAUAACAGCCCUCGACCUAAGGAAAGAGGUGUAUUGGGCAAAGAAGGUGCAAGAGUGGUUAUUAGCUAG